GACAAUGGAAGAUGAUGAUGUACCAGCCUUGUCUGCAGAAACAUUUGCUGCAUUACAAGAAUUUUAUGUGGAACAACAAAAGCGGGAGCAAAUUAUCACCGAGCUGGAUUCUGCAGGGAAACUUAAAAAUAUUAUGUUCGAUGAAAACUGGCAAUUGAGCCAAUUCUGGUAUGACGAGAGGACUAUAGAGGCACUGGUUGGAGUGAUCGACGCCAGCGUACCUGAUGGUGGGCGGGUGGCGCUCAUCUCCUGCCCAACACUAUUUGUUCCAGUGAAGGAAAGAAUUGGAAAUAGAGCUAAUGUGUCUCUCUUGGAAUUUGACACAAGAUUUGAAGUACAUGGUCCAGAUUUCAUUUUCUAUGAUUACAACUACCCUGAGAAGCUGCCUCAAGACAUUGGUCAGUACGACUUGGUGGUAGCCGACCCACCGUUCUUGUCCGAGGAGUGCAUUACUAAAACAUCGCAAACCAUAAGGUUUUUAGCGAAGAACAAGAUCGUUGUUUGUACUGGAGCGAUCAUGAAAGACCAUGUAGAGAAAUUGUUAGCACUACAGCUGUGCACAUUCCAGCCACACCAUAAAAAUAAUUUAGCAAACGAGUUCUCUUGUUACGCAAACUUUGACUUUGAUAGUGUACUACUGCUAACUAAAUCCGGAGACAAUUCUAGAUGA